GACUGGUUUUCAGCAUGAUAUAAUGCCAAAGUAUACAUGGUUUAAUUUUCAAUACUUCGUAAUUAUUCUAUUUGCUUGUGGAUAAUCCAGUACAGUUACAGGUAUCAACGAAAUGAAAUCUUUUACCAAGUUUUAGUAAAUGUAUAUACAGACGUGUGAUAGAAGGUAUAACAACAUGAAAACUAUUAUUUGUCAGAAUGAAAGUAAACGAAGUAGGAUCUCCACAAAUUACCUCGAGGGAUCAAAGCAGCAGAUUCGAAAGCCCAAUUUCGUCGAAGUUUAAGCUCAACGCAGCAGGAAAGACGCGUAAGAUCGCGGGCAAAAACCUAACCUCAGUUAUUUUACAACAACGUCAGGCACUCCGUGUGAUAGAGGAUGACGUUGAUGUCACUCCAAAAUUACUAAGCCAUCCAACCUACAGUUCGCUUGACGAGAAACAGAUAACUGCAUUCGAAACAAUCGGAUUAUCCCAGACCGGCAGUGUCGGUACACUGUCCAUCCUUUCCGGUUUAAGCAUUGCAGUGAAAGAAAGUUCCUCUAUGAUCAUCAGAACCUCCUCAGUUCCUUCCGGUUCGAUGACAACGGAUGAUAUUCUGUUUGAAAGUUUAUUAUCCACUCAAACAGAUGAUUUUGAUGAUGAUGAUGAUGAUGAAGAUAAAGUUCCCCCUCAAUUUUAUCUACCUAGCGAAGAUCCAAAUAUUCUCUUAAUUCGACCCGAUACUGUGACGCUCACUUUGAGGGAAACGGAGACGUUCUUCAUUUUCGAUAUACAGCCUCGAACUGCUGACUUACUUACGCCAGAUGGUAUAGCGGUUAAAGAACAGAACGAGAAUUACGAAUAUAAAACGAUAGGACCUGGUUCGAAUAGGAAAUUAAUAGAUACCGAAACUCAAACCAUGCAAGUGCUUACAAAAUCUCGAGGAACACACCUUAGCAGAAGGAGGCGUAAAAAUCAAGGUAUGUUCGUGAAUAAUUGGGUGAUGUACGACGCUUAUGGUGCCCCUGAAUUGAUGAUUGAAAGAAAUGGUUUGCUCGUCGUGCAUAGAAAGGAAUCUUUGCAAGAAAUGUUGCAAUCAAAGACUUUGAAAGCUAAACUACCAAAAUCAAAAAUUUACGAGAAGAAGACCUCCGAACAAGAGCAGAUAUAUAUAUUCCAACAUAUCAAUUUCCGGAAUGCCGUACGAGUAAUGGAGCGUAUAAUAUCGAACAACAUUUUCAUUCACGCUCAAAAGCGUUUCACCGGCCUGAUUAAACAGGAUCCAUGUAGCCUUGAUUUGGAGUUCACGUACAGUCCAGACCUCCUCUGGAUUCACGAUUCUGAAGAAACUUCGGGAAGACCAGUAUCUUCAUUCUGCUGGAAUUACGUUAACAGAAGCAUUCUAGCCGUAGGAUACGGGGCACGGAUUAAUUCAGAAAUUAAAAAUGGCUUGGUGUUACUUUGGUCUGCGAAGAAUCCUGGUGUACCGGCUCGUUAUUACAGUUUUGACAGUCCGGUGUCAGACCUCGAUUGGAGUCGCGAACGGCCGAAUUUACUUGCUAUCGGUUACUACAACGGCGAAAUCAAGGUGAUCGACGUAAGCAAUCCAGAUCUCAAUGUCGUACGGCGAAGCGAGAAAGCUACAUUUUCGACUUCUCCGCACUGGCAAGUUCAGUGGUGGCCAGGUGACGAGCAAUACGAAUACCAAGAACAAAUUUAUACGUGCAAUCAGGACGGUUGCGUAUUUUGCUAUCGAUACGUUGAAGAUUUCACUUCGUCGAUGAUUAUGAAGGUUUACAGGAUAGAGGGAACGUUGCCGGGUGUCACUAGGACUGUUCAGUGUAACCUUUAUAAUACAUCAAUCAGUCGAAGCCCUGGGGCAUUGUCACUACGGAAGCAUCCUACUUUGAGUACCAUUUAUUUCGUGGGUACGGACGAAGGUUGUAUCUACAAAUGCUCCACGAAUUAUUUAUAUCAACAUAUAGACAGUUUUUUAGCGCACGAUGGACCAAUUUACUCGAUGAUGUUCUCUCCAUUUUGUUCAAAAAUCUUCCUGACCUGUGGCGCCGACUGGUGCAUUCGAAUCUGGGCAGAAGGAUUGACAGAUCCACUGAUUACUAUGUCCACAACUAUGGCAUGCGUUCGAUACGCAGCCUGGUCUCCCGUCCAUUCCACGAUCAUAGUAAGCAUCGUCAAUAACGAGAUCUGUAUAUGGGAUAUCAGACGAAAGAUAUACAAACCUGCAUCGGUGACAACGUCACCCAAUACCAACAGAUUUAUUAUGGUUGAUUUUACGGCAAAUGGUAACCAACUCGUGGCGGCGGAUGUGGAAGGUGUUGUAUAUGUGUAUAAUCUUGAGGGAAUGCCAUUUCCGCCGUACAGUCAGGAACAGGUGCUGGUAGAGUCGAUCGAAAAGGCUUUAAUCACGAAACCGAUACUCCUGAAGAAUCUAAAGAAGCUCGGACCGCCAUUUUCUCGAUAAGGAAGUGAAAUCGAAUUAAGCUGUUUUAAGCUAGUUAUAAUCUUACUCCUUUAUCAAUAUCGUAUGAAUCUCUUAGAAACGAAACUGACUGGAAUCAUUUCUUAUCGAUUUCUCAAUUUUAUAUAUUACAUAGGUACAAGAUUAAACUUCGAUUCUUAAACGACAUAUGAUUUGCCUUCGUAAAUUUAUUUAUUGAGACAAAGAUGGUAUAUGCAAUAUAGAUUCGAAGGUAAAUUUAAGAAAGUAGCUUUUGCAACACUGUCACGGUUCUUUGCUUUUCAAUUAAUGCAGUUGAUCAAUAUGGCUUCUGAACGGUUCGUAUAUUGUCACGUGAUAUCGUCUCGUAAAACGAGAAUUCGGAUUACCGCAGUCUGAUUUUCAAUAACCUGUCGCGAUACCACAAUCGCUUGCUUAUCCCAUGGACCUUGACUGUUAGCCAGAUCGUUGCAGGGGACAUGUAUGACAUUUUAAACUUCUUUAUCGACGGUGCAGCCGGAGGCAAAAUCCAGCACGUGGGGACCCCUUUCGGUCCCCCGAAGCGAAGCGUGCCCGAAGGGCCUUGCGUGAUUCGCGCAAAGCACGGAAAGCAAAGCGACCAUUUCGAUUCAGGAUGGAACUGCGGUGUGCCGGGGCCUACUCUGAGGCCUGGUAGGUAGGCAAGUCGGCACGGAUGGCUGGCUGGCUUGCUUGGAGGAGUUGCAGGAGAGUGCCAUGGUAGAGGGGCUUCCCUGCC